UUCGAAAGAAACACGACUUAUCAAAAUGAUGCGCUACUCAGCCUGUAAUAUAAAGUGUUUGCGGAUACCGAAAUUGUCACAAUUUUUGUCAACAAGUCAUACAGAUAAACCGAAAGUCUAUAGUUUUACUUCAAGACUACAAUCAUUGGCAGAUAAAAGCAAAAAUCUUUUACUUAAUCGUGAUCCUUAUUCUCCUCCAAACGAUGUUGAAUCACGCAUUAAAGCUUUAAGUGAAAAAUUGUUCAAUUUGAAUUCAUCAGACAAUAAUCAAUGGAAGGCAUAUCGUUUUCAGAAUAAUGAUGAAAAGUACAAAAUGUUUACUGCAUGUAUCACAGAGUUCAAACAUCAUAUCGCCAAUAAUUAUCUUCAUGAGAUUCAUACUAUGGAAGAUUUAAUCAAUUAUUUUAUGACACCGGUUGAAACACCAGAUUUUCUGUAUAAAUUAACAACAGAUUCACAAAAUAAUAAUAAUAAUAAUUGUAAAUUACCAUCGAAUUUAAAUAUACAAUUGGAACCUGUACGUUAUAAUCCGAAUGAAGAUCAUUUUUUCCAAGCUAAUGCUUAUCCUGGUCGAUCAACCAUUGUAAGUAAUUUGGCUGCAGCUAGAAAACAUCCAAGUUAUCGUGUUAGUCGUGCAAAACGUGUUCGAGUGGAAUAUGAAGAUAUGUAGUGAAUAAUUGUUUUU